AUGGUGGACGAGAAGAGGCUGCUGGCCACUGUGUGCAUAGCUUGUAUGAAGGAAAUAGAGUGGUCCCCUUCCACGAACAUGGUGGACGAGAAGAGGCUGCUGGCCGCUGUGUGCACAGCUUGUACCAGUGAAGUAUUCUUUGAAAUACUGGGCCCGCAAGGGCACGGCAUUGAGCUCACCUGCAGAUCACAUGGAUGGUACCCCAAACCUACUGUCCAGUGGGUUACGCAGAAUAAGCAGAGCCUGUCUCCGGACACUGCAAUACACCAGGACAGCAAGCAACUUUUCAGUGUGCUGAGUCGAGUCACAGUUACAGGAGAAGAAGUGGGAGAUGUCACCUGUCAAAUCCUGAACCCCCUGGUGCAGGCUGAGAAAAAAGCUAUUGUGCGCCUCUCAAACAAAAAGAGGGCUUCCAAGGAAAAAUCCGAUGAAGAAAACGCUUUACAGGAGCAAGAUCAUGAUGAGCUGAAGAAACGAUGUGAUACACUGAGCAGUGAGCUAGUUCCCAUCACUCUGGAUGAAGCACAGAAACACUCAGAGCUUGCUGUGUCCUCUGACCGGAGAACAGUCGAGCACAAGCCCUCCACUCAGAUGCCCAUCAGGGAGCACCAGCUCCCUGUUGUGGUGGGGAGGGAGGGCUUUGGCUCUGGGCGUCAUUACUGGGAGGUGCAGGUGUGGGGUGGGCUGGACUGGGAGCUGGGGGUGUUGACAGAGGCUGUGAGGGAGACACUGCGAGAGAGGAGGUGGGAAGACCUCCCUGAGGAUGGGGUCUGGUCACUGAGAAGAGUGAACGGGGAGUACUGGCCUGUGGAGGCCAAGGCCAAGAUGCAGAGUGGUACUGUCCCACUAAAAGUGGUUGGGCUGCACUUGGACUUUGAGCACAGCACACUGUCCUUCUACAACAUCAGAAAUUCAGACUGUAUCCUGGAAAUCUCCAUCGAAGGGUCCACAAAGCUGUACCCAUUCCUCAGGCCAGGCCUUGGUGAGGCAGGAGAGAAGGGGAAACCCCUCACCAUCAACCCCAACACAGACUGGGACUUCCCAAACACAGAGUUUUGUUAA